CCCUGGUGACAAUAGGUUAAGGACACAAGCGAUGCACAGUCCAAAUACAGGUGAAAAUCUGCAAAUUAUAAACAAUCAGGUUGAAUGACCGUUGUCUAUACAAGAAGUGGAAACCUGGGGAUGAUUUCUCUUGACAGUGGUUGAUUUAAAAAUAAGAAAUCUGUAAGUCAGAAAGAAAUGGAGCAGUGAGACCCCAUAAAGAGGCACUCUUACCCUGUGAAUCAUUGUGUGGAAACAUUUGUUUUAUGUUUGUUACUGUUCUGGUAAAGGUUCAAUUAUAAACUAAAAAAAUAAAAAUAAAUACAUUUACUGUUGCCAGUAAAGAAGUGAAAAGGUGGAAUUAUAUGUUGUGUAACAUCAUGAUGUGACAUUUUAAUAACCAUGUCAAUAUUUCUGGAACAUUAUUAUCCUUCAUUAUCUACAUUUAUUGCUAAUCAUAGAGAAUCAGAGGAGAUAUUGUAAUGUUAAUGCUAGAAAAAUGUAAGUUCUAAAUGGCAAACUUGCUAAAAUAGUAAUAUUACAUGUAUAAUGAAGUUUCACAGUGUACAUGGCUCAGCAGUAACAGUCACAGAAAACAGGACUGUAGCCGUGAGGUCAGACUUGGAAUUUUGCAAUGGAAUCGUCUUCAGUGACCAUGCUAUCAAAGCUGGGCACAAGUUUUGCAUCAAGCUUUCAUGCACCCAAGCCUGGAGUGGUGCUCUCAGAGUGGGCUUUACUCUCAACGAUCCAGGGCGAUUCACACCGGCAGAUUUACCCAAGUAUUCUGUGCCAUAUUUCUUGAAGAAGGAUUAUUUCUGGAUUCGGCCUAUCAGUGAAAAUUUCACUGGGGAAGGAUAUAAGUUGAUGUUUUACAUAGGCAUUGAUGGAAGUGUACAGUUAUUUGUGAACAAUGAACACAAAGGUGCACUCCUUGUAGGUCUGCCGGCAGACAGAGCCUUCUGGGUAAUGUUUGAUAUCUAUGGAAACACCAAAGGAAUAAAAAUUGUGAAACCAGAUGAUGCCCCCAAGGAGAUAACAGCUCGUGGCCAAGAGGCCGUCAAAGCGUAUGAGUCUGCAUGUACCUCAGGCAUGAAACCAGUCUGUCGUACCAGGCUCAUGCUUGUUGGAAAGGACGGAUCUGGAAAAACCAGUCUGAAGAAUGCUUUACUUGGACAAAGGCCAGAAGUGGAGGUGUCCAGAACAACGGGAAUAGAUUUCUCCACAUCCUGUAUGUUCACUGUUGGGGCCAGGGAACCCUGGUCAGUCAUUGCUGGAAAUUAUGCAUCACCAGCCAUGGACAUUAAGGAAGCAAGUGUGUCAUGUGAUGUGGAAGCCCUAGAAGAGGAAUACCAUCAGGCCAUAGCUGCAAAUAUUGUGCAGGAGUUGUACCAGCAGAAACGCAAAAUGUCUGCAACGCAAAAAACACCAAAGCCUCCCUCACGAGAAUCACAGAAACUGUCAAAUUCUAGUGGUGCUAAAAAGCUCAGUAAACCUCCCUCAGCUUCCAGCCUUUCGAACCCAAAGUUUUCAGAAAUCCCACAAGAGACGUUCAAAGAAGUCCCAGAGAGGGUCGUCCAACUGGUGCAAAAAUUGUUGGACGCCCCUCCUCAGGAGCAGCAGAAAUCUCAGGACUCUGUUACUUUGGCAACCAAGGUGCCUGACACAGCAAAAAUGGUGCUAGAUAUAUGGGACUUUGCAGCCAAGGAGGAGUAUUAUACCAUCCAACAGAUGUUUUUAUCACCACGGGCAUUAUAUGUGUUUGUGUUCAAGUUGAAUCAAGAUCUGGAGGAGAAUGUCUCUGAUAAAAAGUAUGCUUAUUCUGAGAGCCUGUCUACCUUGGAGUACCUGGAUUUCUGGUUGAAGUCUAUCCUGGCCCACACAUCUUCAGUAAGCUCCAGUAGCACAUUUUCCCCUCCUGUGUUCAUCGUCGGAACACACAGGGACUGUCUGGGGGAGGAUGAUGAAAGCAUAAAGAAGGCUGUUGAGGAGAAACUAGGUCAAGUUCAGGAUUUCCUGGUCGGCAAACCAUACAUCCAGCAUCUCGUUACUCCUUUCUACGCUGUGAAUAAUUUAACGGACGACUCUUUAAUUGCAGAGUUUCGCAUCAAGCUGGAAGAGGCGUCAUGCAGAGAACCAUAUAUUGGGGAACAGAUCCCAAUCAGGUGGAUACGGUUUGAACAAGAAGUCAGCAUUCUGAAAAACAAUGGAGCAAACUACGCCACUUAUGAUCAGAUGUCUGAGAUUACCGGCCACCUUGGCAUUGUUGAGUCCACAGAAGUGUCAACAAUGCUCAAGUUCUACCACGAUCUUGGUGUGCUGAUCUAUUACGGGAGCGGGAAGUCUGCGGUGGACAAUCUGCUGAGGAACACGGUGAUCCUGAACCCUAAGUGGCUGCUUGAGAUGAUCAGUCAUGUGCUGUCUGUGCAAUGGAAACCUCAAGACAAGUGGAACCUGAUUCGUGACAAGUGGACGCGCUUACAGGAGUUCGGCAUACUAGAGGAGCCCCUGUUGGACACACUGUGGCAUGAGGCUAGAGAGCAGAAACCAUUGCUGCUUGGACUCUUGGAGAAGUUUGAUCUGGCCUGUCAACGUCUUCCAAGUGUAGCUGAGUCCCAGGGAUUGAUUCAUGGUCACAAUCGCUCAUUCUAUGUACCCGCUCGCCUCACUAAGUGCAGUGAAAGCAACUCCCUGUACUGCAUGGGAGAAAAUGAUAUCACCUUCUAUGUGAACUUCCAUGGAUUCUUGCCUGGAGGACUUUUCCAGCGGAUUAUCACCCGAACAACAAAGUGGUCGCAGGACAUUGGAGGUCAGAAUCCCUACUUCAUGUACAAGAACAUUGCUCGCUUCUUUCUAGAUGUGGAACACGACUUUCUCCUUGAAAUGGCCAGCAGCAAGCUCCAUAGAAUAAAGGUUGUCAUUCUGCGUGUCUCUGAGUCCGAGUCUGACUCUGAAAGGAGGCAGUUGUCCAAUGCCAUGUCCCCACCCAGUCCCCAUGCAUGUGCCAAGGUUCGUAACUUUCUGGAGAGCUGUUUGUCAGACAUUCGUGAGAUGUGGAUGCGCCGAAUCUCAUACAGUGUAGUGGCCCGCUGCCCCUGUGAGUGUGUGUGUGAGACCCACAAGAAGGAAGGCUGUCUGGAUGAGAGCUGUCUGCACUUCCUGAACUUGGAUGAGUGCCUUGCAAAUAAGAUUGUGAUGUGUGAUCAUAGAAGAGUGAAAACCUCAGGAAUCAGAAAGUUUUUUCCAGAACCUCUGACUCUGGGUUUCUAUGGGCCAGUGUUGCCGUCCAUGUCUCUGCGGGACUUGUGUGGCAACAUUGAAAAGAACUGCCCCAAUCUGCCCUCCUGGGUGAAGUCUGCAGCCAAGCUCCUCAACAACGGGGAAUCUGGCAGGGACUGGAACUCUCUCGCUAGAGAACUAGGCUAUAAGCAGAACCAGAUCAACUUGUUCAAUGAUGAUCUGAACCCUGGGCUGGCAUUGCUGGCAGACUGGAUUGUAGCCGGGGGCAACACGGGUCUCGCGGUGGACGCACUCACCGUCUACCUGGAGAAACUGGACAGAGAGGAUGUCGUGGAGAUCAUACAGAAGGCUAAAGAUCAGGAGCAAGGUCCAGCUAAGGUGUUCCUCAGCUACCAGUGGGACAGCCAGGACGAGGUGAAGGGGCUACGCUCGCAGCUGGAGAAGUCUGGCUUCACUUGCUGGAUGGACAUUGGUCAGAUAGGGGGCGGGGACCACCUCUACGCCAAGAUUGAUGAGGCCAUACGCAACUGCAAGGCGGUGAUAUGUUGUGUGACACCAAAGUUCACCACUUCCCAGCUGUGCAUGAAGGAACUUAGUCUGGCCGACCUGCUACGUAAGCCCAUCAUCCCAGUGAUGAUUGAGCACACAAUAUGGCCGCCCCCUGGGGGCAUGGCCCUCAUUCUGAGUCAGCUGGUGUACAUCAACAUGAAAGGUGUUGGUGGCCAUGGUGGUACAGGUAUACACGCGGACAGACAAGACAAGUACCGGGAGAUCAUACAGCGGCUAUCUCUGCACACCACACCUGACACAUGCCACCUUGAGCCCGAGACUGACACGGAAAGCAAGAAGAGUCACCUCAUAGAACACGAGAUGCUCUCCAACUUCACAGAGUACACAGACAGAAACAGCAUGGGUGGCUCGCUGAUAUCAAUGCCAUUGUCUGAUAUGCACAGGCUACCUGUGCCCAACUUUCAGGCUCAGCAACCCAUCGUGCUCAGACAGGUUGACUCGGGCGCGGCACCUAAUGCCCGCACUGUGGAGCAGGUGAAUGUUUCUCAGUGCAAGAUAUGCUCCAUCCUUUGAUCUGAUAUGUGCUUUUAGAAGUUUAUUUAUUGAUGUUUAUUAUUUGCAUUCCUAUGUGUUAUUAAAAAAGGAACUGAAAUAGAAUAUAUAAUUGGUAUUGUGCAUGGAGGGCUUGUUUUAGUUUAAUUAGAACAGUGAUGUUUUUCAAAACACUGAUGAAUUUGAUGUUAGAAUUAAGGAUUUUGUAGUGAGUUCAUUAUUUGAUUUGUUGUUGUUUAAAGCAAGUGUGACACUUAAUAAUACCUUUUCAAAAAAGAUAAAGCGUUAAUGAUAAAUAAACUAAAUUUGAGAGUACAGUCCAACAACCAGUUAUAACUUCUGUUAUAAAAUUGCCAUUUUAAAUUUUUAUACUUUUAGUGUUUCCUUCAAUGAACAAUACUGCUAUGCCAUACUAUCGGGUUAUAAUAGCGAUGUGCUAUUAAUAUGUUUUGGGACGUGAUGUCAAUGACACGUGAGGACUGUUAUUAUGCCCCCCUUCGAAGAGGUUAUUAUGCCCCCCUGUUAUUAUGCCCCCCUAUUGAUUUUCAGGUCAAAGGUCAAGGUCACUGUGACCAUAAAUAGCAAAAUGGUAUCCGGAUGAUAAUUCAAGAACGCUUACGCCAAGGAUCAUGAAACUUCAUAGGUACAUUGAUCAUGACUUGCAGAUGACCCCUAUUGAUUUUCAGGUCACUAGGUCAAAGGUCAAGGUCACGGUGACCUGAAAUAGUAAAAUGGUUUACGGAUGAUAACUCAAGAACGCUUAUGCCUAGGAUCAUGAAACUUCAUAGGUACAUUGAUCAUGACUCGCAGAUGACCCCUAUUGAUUUUCAGGUCACUAGGUCAAAGGUCAAGGUCACAGUGACCCGAAAUAGUAAAAUGGUUUCCGGAUGAUAACUCAAGAACGCUUAGGCCUAGGAUCAUAAAACUUCAUAGGUACAUUGUUCAUGACUCGGAUGACCCCUAUUGAUUUUCAGGUUACUAGGUCAAAGGUCAAGGUCACAGUGACUCGAAAUAGUAAAAUGGUUUACGGAUUAUAACUCAAGAACGCUUAUGCCUAGGAUCAUGAAACUUCAUAGGUACAUUGAUCAUGACUCGCAGAUGACCCCUAUUGAUUUUCAGGUCACUAGGUCAAAGGUCAAGGUCACAGUGACCCGAAAUAGUAAAAUGGUUUCCGGAUGAUAACUCAAGAACGCUUAGGCCUAGGAUCAUAAAACUUCAUAGGUACAUUGAUCAUGACUCGGAUGACCCCUAUUGAUUUUCAGGUUACUAGGUCAAAGGUCAAGGUCACAGUGACUCGAAAUAGUAAAAUGGUUUACGGAUUAUAACUCAAGAACGCUUAUGCCUAGGAUCAUGAAACUUCAAAGGUACAUUGAUCAUGACUCGCAGAUGACCCCUAUUGAUUUUCAGGUCAAAGGUCAAGGUCAUGGUGACCCGAAAUAGCAAAAUGGUUUCUGGAUGAUAUCUUUAGAACGCUUACGCCAAGGAUCAUGAAACUUCAUAGGUACAUUGAUCAUGACUCGCAGAAGACCCCUAUUGACUUUCAGGUCACUAGGUCAAAGGUCAAGGUCACGGUGACUUUACACAGUAAAAUGGUUUCCGGAUGAUAACACAAGAAAGCUUACGCCUAGGAUCAUGAAACUUUAUAGUUACAUUGAUCAUGACUCGCAGAUGACCCCUUUUGAUUUUCAGGUCACUAGGUCAAAGGUCAAGGUCACAGUGCCAAAAAUCGUAUUCACACAAUGGCUGCCACUACAACUGACAGCCCAUAUGGGGGGCAUGCACGUUUUACAAACAGCCCUUGUUUAGAAUAUAUCUUCAAAUGAACGUUAUAUGACUAGACUGUUAGAUUUACUGAAUGAAAUAGAUGCAUGAGUUAACAAAAUAUUAUCGUUGAUAAAUUCAUAAGUUUGAUAAGUGGUCUGCAUUUAAAUCGGUAUAUAAGAUAUUAAUUUUGAUCACAUGCUAUACCCUGUUUCCCAUGUAAUACAAAUAUUACAUUUUUUUUUUUUAUUACACAUGGGUAAUAUCACAUUUUUUAAGUGUUUUAUUUGGCUUAGUUUUUGUUUAUUGACCAAUCGCAUUUUGUUAUUUAGCUGAAAUGACGUUUCAACGUCAAAUGACGUCACGAAAUGUAAAAAACAUUCGGGAUUAAUCAUUAUGUUUGCGUAAAUAUUUAUUUAAUUUGCUCAUUUAAAAGCAUGUGAUAAAAUAGAUCUGACACUCGUUGUCAUAUCAUACCAUAUUUUAUUAAACUCGUCCAAGAACUUGUUAGUAAGCUCGCCAAAGGCUCGCUUACUAACAAAAUUCCUGAACUCGUUUAAUAAAAUAUGGUAUGAUAUGACAACUCGUGCCAGAUCCUUUAUGUAUUAUUCACUGGAAAUAAUUGCUGUUAUACUAAUUUAUUGGCAAUAAGCCUUGUUUUACAUUACACUGUUUGCAAACGACUUGGUAGGAUAACAACCUAGCAAAACUAGUUUCCAACUGUCCAAUCAUCUAAAGAGUAGUAACACAACAACGGUUACCUAUCAACAACUGUCACUUUUGUCUUUUCCCUGACUGACCGCUGUUCUCAGGUUAGACUGUUAUACAAUUACAAAUAAUUUCUGCUGUACAGCCAAAAUUUAUUCAUGUUAAAAAAACAUGUGCUAUAUUUGAAAAUCUCCACUUUUCUUUGCAAAUUUGUUUAAAGGACAUGAAAACAAGUUUUAUGUCCCCUUUUAUGAGGGAUGUGUGUGUGCAUGGGAGGGGGGGUGUAGAUUUGCUCUUUACAUCUCUCCUUCUGUCUGGCCAACUUGUGAGAUUGGUUGGUGGUCACCAUUCCGGACAGGUUGGGUUUCAGCAGGUACCCAGCCUUCCCCCCACAACACAAGAAUUUUUUUAAUUGAAAAAUCAUUUAUUAUCAACUAAAUAGCUGUUUUGUCAAGUGUGCAAAAAGUCAACAAAAUUGUAUAUAUUGAUUAGGCAUUAAAAAAUGAGAUUUACCAGCACUGUGUAGGUGAUUUAAAACAAGCUCAAUGUUCCUUGCAAUACCAGCCUGUGUGUUAGGUACGGUUAUAUACUGUAUUUAUCACAAUUAUGAUUGAAACAAGCUAGAAAAUAAUCAUGAUGCAUUGGUAGUCAGAACCUUUUUUACAUUUAAUGUAGUGUUAAUGUAUUUAUUUAUUUGAAAUUUAAUGUUAUUAAUUAUAAAUGUAUUCUGUUAAGUAACAUUUUACAAAUCAGAAAUGUGUUGAAAAUUUUUUUUGUUAUUAACUUUAAGAUAUUUGUUAUUUUAAAUGAAUGUUUCCAUGAUAGUCUAGUGGUCUAUAAACUUUACCGGUACAUGCAUACAUUAUAUAAGCAUGUAAAAAUGUUUUCCAACAUCACAUGCAGGUAAUAAAAGGAAGCGUUAGACCAGUGUACAUAGAGUGCUUACUGGUAUCAUUCUUAAAAGUAGGAAAUUAUACGGCACUCUGCAAAGUACACAAACAUUUGUUAUUUUGUAAAUAGAUUUUUUUAGAAGCAUAUGUAUCAAUUGAAAACAAAAAUCAAAAUGAUUUUUUUUAAUAUAUCAUUAAUCAACAUGUAGAUUAACAUUUUGUAAUAGUUUUUUGUCACAUUUCAAAUCAUUUGGACUUGACAUGCAAAGAAAGUAAAGCUUCCAUUAGGAUACAGAGACUGUUCUUGUUGUAGAAAAUGUCCAUUAUUGAACACUGAACAGGCUGUUUUAUUUUUAGCAAUCAUUGUGUUGAGUUUAAAAAUAAUGUCUAUGUUUGUGCGAACAAAAAUGUUAACAAUAUGUAUGGUUUGCACUUUAGAGCAUAAUAAAAAGGUUUGUUUUUUUCAUGUUGGCAUUAUAGUUGAAUGGCCAGUCAAGUGUGUGUUGUUACAUAUUAAGCGUGUAAAGGAAAUUACUGAUAAAUUGUUUUUUGUAUUUCCCAUUGAAAAAUCCAUUGUACCAAUCUCUAUGUUAUGUUCACAUGUCAUGAUGUUAGAAAAUAAUGCAUCCUAUAAUAUUUACUAAUGGUUUAUUUUAACAUAAAAUAAGUUACACAAGCUUUCCUACUCUUCAAUCAAAGCUAAUAAUCAGACGCCUUUUAUUUAAAUGUAUACAUCAAAUCAAUGUUGAUUAACAGUUGAUUUUCCAAUACUAUAGGCUAUUAUAACUGGUUUGUUAUUAUACCCCCAUUACCAUUGGUAAUGGGGGCUAUAUAGGAGUCACUUUGUCGGUCAGUCUGUCUGCCUGUCCCGAAAAAUUCAUCCGAUCUUCACCAAACUUGGUCAGAAGUUGUAUCUAGAUGAUGUCUAGGUCAAGGAUGAUUAUGGGUCAUGUCGAGUCAAAAACUAGGUCACAGGGUCACUUAGUGCGUUUCGAACCGAUAGUUUGUCAUGACCAUAACAAUGUCAUUUAUUGUUAGAUAUUAAAAUGACUUGGUACAUUUGUUCACCAUCAUGGGACGAUGUGUAAUGCGAAAGAAGUACGUCAAUAACUCCAAGGUCAAGGCCACACGUGGAGUUGCCCAUAAAUGAGCUUGUCCGGGCCAUAACUAUGUCAUUCAUUGUGAGAUUUUUAAAUGACUCUGUAAAUUAAUUUUGUUCACAGUCAUUGGACGGCAUGUCAUGCAAAAAUAUUCAAGCGUUCAAAGGUCAAAAUGGCCAUGAAUGAUAAUGGCAUAAUAAUUCUUAAAAAUCACCAUUAAUUAGCUUCUCUUGUUUUGUGAAGACAGCAAGCAAAAUAUUCUGUGUCAAUGCAGCAUGUGGGGGUAUAUGUCACGUCUGUGACAAAGCUCUAGUUAUGCUCUCCCAAAAUUUAUUUUGGGGGGAGCAUAUAGUCGCCGCUUGGUCUGUCCGUGUGUGUGUCUGUCUGUCCGUGCACAACUUUUGUCCGGGCUAUUUCUCAGCAACUAAUGACCGGAAUUCAAUGAAACUUUAUGGGAAGCUUCAUUACCAAGAGGAGAUGUGCAUAUUAUCAGUGGGUUCUGGUCGGAAAAUUUUUCACAGAAUUAUGGCCCUUUGAAAUUUUCUAUACAAAAUUCUUGUCCCCCCAACUACUGUGCUGUAGUGCAAUAUUGUGACAAAAAAAAACUUUGGGGAGCAUCACCCGUCUCCGACGGUUUCUUGUUUAAAUUAUGUUUAUGGUUGGUAAAAUUAAUGAAUGGAAUUCAAGUUUUGGUAUAUAGGGAUUAUUUCCACUUGAAGAGUAAUGUCAACGUCUGUCUUUUCUGAAUAAGUUCAUGUUACUCUCCUGGUUUUUAUGCUCCCCCUAAAUUUUUUGGGGGAGCAUAUAGUCGCCGCUUUGUCUGUCCGUGAGUGUGUCCGUCUGUCCGUGCACAAUUUUUGUCUGGGCUAUUUCUCAGCAAUUAAUAACCGGAAUUCAAUUAAACUUUAUGGGAAUCUUCACUACCAAGAGGAGAUGUGCAUAUUAUCAGCUGGUUCUGGUCGGAUGAUUUUUUCACAGAGUUAUGGACCUUUGAAAUUUUCAAUUAUCUGUACAUAUAGUGCAAUUCUUGUCCGGGCUAUUUCUCAGCAACCAAUGACCGGAAUUCAAUGAAACUUUAUGGGAAGCUUCACUAUGAAGAGGACAUGUGCAUAUUAUCAGCGGGUUAUAGUCAGAUGAUUUUUCACAGAGUUAUGACACUUUGAAAUUUUCCAUUAUCUGUACAUAUAUUGCAAUUCUUGUCCGGGCUAUCUCUCAGCAACUAAUGACAGGAAUUCAAUGAAACUUUAUGGGAAGCUUUACUACCUAAAGGAGAUGUUUAUAUUAUCAGCCGGUUCUGGUCGGAUGAUUUUUCACAGACUUAUGGCCCUUUGAAAUUUUCCAUUAGCUGUACAUAUAGUGCAAUUCUUGUCUGGGCUAUUUCUCAGCAACUACUGACUGGACUUCAAUGAAGCUUUAUGGGAAGCUUAACUACCUUGAGGAGAUGUGCAUGUUAUUUGUGGAUUCUGGCUAGAUGAUUUAUUUAGAGAGUUAUGACCCUUUGAAAUUUGCAAGUUGCUAAACCAUCCAUCGUUUUAUUUUGUCCAAAGUUAUGCCCCUAAAGACGUUUCCUUUUAUCUGAAUAUAUAGUGCAAUAUUGUGACAAAAAAAACGUUUGGGGAGCAUCACCCGUCUCCGACGGUUUCUUGUUGCAAUAUUUGCUCUUCAAACUGCUUUAAUAUGAUAUGUAUAUUAUAUGUUUACAGAAUUCCUCUCCGUCCACAGCAGGUAGAACUUUUUGUACAGUACAUGCAUUCUAUAUUUUAUCCUUGUGUUUUCUACUUUCGGUUUUAGAUCUUACAUUUCAUUCUCAUAUAUUGAAAUAAAUCAGAUAUUUAUUUUAGAUCUCUUAUAAGCAGACAUAAAUGAGCAGCAGCAUGCGAAAAUGGGUCUUUUUCCAAUGCAAACAGUGUUGCUUCAGACCAGCCUGCACAAUAAUGCAGUGUAAUGAAGAGCUAUCCUGUCCACCACUUAGUCACUCUAGGACUUGUGGUCUCAUUACGAGAUGGGCAUGCUGGUUGGAAACUAACUCUGGCUGAGUAUGGAAUAUAAGACCCAUGUUUGUAUGAUGCAGCUCUUAUGUCAAUCUCUUUUAAGUAUUUUCUUCUUUUUAUAUUAUUUCAUUUUACCUUUGUUAAGUUUUAGUUCAUGUUUUCUUGCUUUAUGAUACAGACGCUGUUUAUGUGUGAAUUGAAAUGCAAACUGUGCUUUUGAGUACAAUAAAGAGUAGAGUUUUUGUG